GGAAAAGCAGGGUUAAGUUAACAGGAAAACUGUGGACAUCAAAUGGUGUGUAAUGUUCCAGAAAGUAACUCAGCCUUCUUCAGAGUGGCCAGGAGUUUAGGGAAAUCCUGGUAGGGAAACACAGAGUUAACUUACAUAAGACUUUUGUGGAGCUCUGAGGUAAGCCCUCUUUAGAGUUGCAGAAUUCUCCCUCACUAUCCUCUGUGCAUCAUCGUCCAUCGUGCCUAAAAAUACAACAGCAGGUGCUCUGUGGGGUUUCCAAUGCAACCAGAACUGCAAAACCGAGCUUUUCUUAAAAAUAUCAUUGCUCUCAUAAAGAGCAGCCAGAUUCCAGAGCUACUGCACCAAUUACAAAGCGUGUCAGUUGGGAAUAGCUGGUUGGGGCAAGGAGAGACGGGGUUUGAGAAUAUCCAAGGGGUGCUCCAAAUCCUGGGAGAAUCAAUUGCAGAGGCCAGGAAUCUCAGCACCGAGGAAAGAUCUUUCUGUUCAAACAACAGAAACAGACACUAACCAGGCAUUCUGGAAUUGCUGCAUCUGCGCUCUGUGCUGUGCUGAGGACUCUUCAAACAGCUUCAAGAUCCUGUGUUGUUUUUGUUGCACUGGCUGGACCCAGAGACUCAUCCGCUAAGUGCUUUUUACAGAGUCAAAGGUGAAGGGCAAAAUGCCAGACGUCCAGGCGGCACAGUUGCCAGGGUGAAGGUUUGCUGGAGAGAGCAGGAAACAAUCAGCUGCACCUUCUGUGUUUUUUUGGUGUGCAAAAUUUAAUGUUUCCUUCCCAGGCUGAAAGGCUGCCUUCAGGGCUCAGUGCUGGGAGGCCAAAUCAGAAGACACUGGAGCAUUUGCUGAACGGGGAAGAAAAAAGAUGAUGCAGCACCAACCCAGUUCAGCUCCUGCUUCUUUGAAGGACAGCCACACCUGCAACAUAGGGGAUAACAAGGCCCAGCCAUGCAGUCCUUUCGUGAAAGGUGUGGUUUCCAUGGCAACCAGCAGAACUACCAGCCGACUUCUUCGCAAGAUUCAUCACGCCUGGAGAAUUACAGGCAUCAAAGCCCAGCCUGCGAACGUCAGAGGCUGGUGACAAAAGAGUAUUACAGCCCCCAGCAGCCACCUCCUCAGCUGCCCCCAUUGCCGUACCAAGCCUUUGGUGAAAACAGCACCGUGGAGAAGUACCACCGGGGAAGCAAUAAGCCGUUACGCGGCCAGCAGCUGCCCAGCAGGCCGUCCUCCUUCCCCAAUUACCCCAUCCAAGAGAAUAGCCCCUACCCUUCUCGCUAUGCUGGAGAGGACAGCCUGCAGGGGUGGGGGUCCCCGCAGCAGCAGCAGCAACCUCCUCAACCUUUACCUGGCGGGGUGGCCAAAUAUGACGAUAACCUGAUGAAAAAGACGGCGGCCCCAUCCAGUAGCAGGCAGUACCAUGAACAGACACCCCAGCUGCCCUUCCGAAGUCACUCCUUGCAUCUCCAGCCGCAGCCGGGACCUCAGCCCUCUCCCCUGACCUACCCCAAGCUCCCCAGGCAGAAGAUGCAGAACGAGGUGUCCUCCUCGCUACCCUUCUCACAGGGGUCCCACUUUCCACAGCAUUCCCAGUCCUUUCCGGCUUCCUCCACCUACACAUCAGUCCAGAGCGGGGGCCAGACAGCUCAUUCCUACAAAAGUUGCAACCCUCCUCCUGCCCCACCCACACAUGAAAGGGGUCUGGGCAGUGCCGCUAACUUGCCCGCUGCACAACGGGUCCAGGGUUUACACAGCUAUCAGCCCAACCGAAUCAGCUAUGAGCAACAGCCGCAACAGCCACCGCCACCUCCACCUCCACCCUCUCUGCAAGGUCGACACCAUGCUCAGGAGGCCUUGCACUAUCAAAACCUAGCAAAAUACCAACAUUAUAACCAGCCAGGACAGAGUUACUGCCAAGCUGAUGCUCCAGUGAGGACACCGGACCAGUAUUACCAAACAUUUAGCCCUAGCUCAAGUCACUCUCCAGCUCGUUCUGUUGGGAGAUCCCCGUCCUACAGUUCAACGCCUUCUCCCUUGAUGCCUAACUUAGAGAACUUCCAAUAUAGCCAGCAGUCGCUGACUGCUGGGACAUUUCCAGCCAGCCUUGCUGACCAUAGCCACUUCAUGCCUUUGCUGAACCCGUCGCCGACCGAUGGGGCAAGCUCCGACGCCCAGCCACCUGCCAAUUGCAAGAACUUGUCCAAGGAGAAGAUCCCCGAGAACCUCUUAUCGGAUCUGAGUCUUCAAAGCCUCACAGCCCUUACCUCUCAAGUGGAAAACAUCUCCAACACUGUCCAGCAGCUUCUCCUUUCCAAGUCCACGGGGAUGCCGCAGAAGAAGGGGAUCAAAAAUUCACCGAGGACUCCAGAGCAACUCAAGGGACAGCACUGCAGCCCUGAGGGUAACAAUUAUUCUGCAGAGCAAGCGGGGACUCCACACUCGGACCCACUCAGCACCCCCCAGUCAGUCCAUGCUGAAACCCAAGACACCGAUUACCUAAGUGGCUCCGAAGACCAGCUGGAGAGGGGCUUCCUGUACUGCAGUCAAAGCCGUAGCCCAGCUCGGGUCAAUAGCAAUUCCAAACCCAAGCCCGAAUCUGUGUCCACCUGCUCAGUGACUUCUCCAGAUGACAUGUCGACCAAGUCCGAUGAUUCCUUCCAAAGCAUUCAUGCCAGCCUGCCAUUGGAGAGCUUUACAAAGUUUGUUGCCGGUGAAAGAGAUUGCCCCCGGCUGCUCCUCAGCGCCCUUUCUCAAGAGGAGCUGGCAUCUGAAAUUAUUGGUCUGCAGGAUGCUAUCAACGAGAAAGCAGACAAAGGCUGGGCCAAUUCUCCUGCUCCAAACAAAGACCCAGACAAAUCUCCCUUCCACUUAGAGAAUCACAGGACUUGCCUUGAUUCUGUGGUCAAAAGUCCCUGGUCCAACCAGGGGGACUCCAACGCUCUUGCUGAACCCUUGAAGAUAGACAAAGGACUGGGACGUAAUAAUGGGAAGAAUUUCACUGAGGAGGUUUAUGACAACUCCCAGGUUUCCUUCACCACAACCGAGACGAAGAAUUCCCUAAAAACCACCAGCUCUGUGGGCUACAGUGCCAAGCCAAACAUCUCGGUGGCCACAUCCAGUUCUGAGACCCCCAGAAGCUUCAGCUGCUAUUCCAAUGCCCCUGCCAAUUCAGUGAGUUCUGAAAAUGCCAUGGAGAACUUUGAGUGGCCAGAUGAGAACCUCAGUGACACUUGGAAAGAGCUCGGGUCGAGCCUCCAAUCUUCAGAACUUCCCAAGAGCUUAUUCUCUGGCAAACUGAGCGAACCUUCUGAGGAGAAAAAAAAUGCCUCCUGCUUGAGUCUCUGUGGUCCUGAAGGUUCAGCUGAAGGUGAAAGGAUCGCAGGAUUCAGUCAACAGCAGCAGGCCAGCAAAGGGGAGGGCUUAAAUUAUGAUGAGGCCACAAGGACAGAGAGUGAACGAUGGCUGGAGGACACUGCCAGGAACUCCUGUUCAGGAGAAGACUUCAGCGAACUCCCCAUGAUGUCUUCUCCAGACCUGAAAGAAUCUGAUUUGGAACCCGAAGAGUAUUCCUCUUUGUGUGAAUUAGCUGGCUCUGAGCAAAAGACUUUGCCUUACGAUGCCUUCACUCCUAAGCCUGCAGGAAAUGCCCGAGUUCUUUCUUUCCAAGACACUCCAGGAUCAGCAGAAGAAGCCACCAACACGGUUGAGAAAGAGAACACUGCUCCUCCUUCUCACUUGUCCGAUCCAUCUGUUCUCCUUUUAGGACCAGCAGUUGGCACAGACACGAAAGUGAAAAGCUGGUUUGAAACUUCUCUGCACCCCUUGAAGCCCAAGGAAGAGUCAGCAGCUGGUGAAAAUGCCCCUCAAGAUAAGACUGAGAUGUCAACUACCUUGCUGUUGAAGAAACAAGUCCUACCAGAUAAGCUGACCAUAACAUCAGAACCCACCUCCAGAGGUAAAAGUCUUCGGAAUAAAAAGCUACAGUGUAGACUGUCGGGUGGAGAAGAGCCUAUUCAGUCCAUGUCAAAUCCAAGUUUAGGCAUUCAAGCAGCUGGCCUGGUGGCCAAUACAUGCCCAGCUUCCAACAGUCUGAUUGAAAUGCCCAGUAAGAACACCCAUGGCCAGACUCCCAGGUUCCCCACAGAAGGCUUGCCGGCCAGGAUGUGUACCCGUUCCUUUACUGCAAUGACUGAACCACGAAUGCCAGACCCUCUAGAAGGUGCUAAAGCUUCAACUCCUCAUGAGAAGUUGGGGGGCAAGAAGUCAGUGUGUGUUUUGAAAGAGAGAGUGGCCUUCAAAGCUAGGAAGGCCAAUGGGAAGACAUCGCCAAAGUCCUGCAAUCCAUUUCCUCCCUUGAUCUCCAACUUGACCCAGAAUGAAGACUCUGUUGUUACCAAGGCCAAAGAAGCCGACAUGGUAGAAACCGAGAUGAAAGAUCAACAAUCCAUGAUUCUCCGUUCCAGGACCCGGACUCAGGAGGUCUUCUACACCAAGCGAAGGAGGGAGAAAACCAUGGUGGAAGUAGACUUCAAAAAUGCCAAACUGCCCAGGAAGGUGUUCCCCAACAACCACCUGCCGGGAUCCUUCAAGAUCAGUUCUGAGAAGGAGACCAAGCUGGGCAAACAAAUGAAAGCCAGGCCAGAAAUGGCCGGCAAAAUAUCUGAGAGGCCACUCCAUGCCCUGAAAAGAAAGUCUGUUUUCCUGCCCCCGAUUCCUGCUAAGAAACGGAACCUGAUCCUACGAAGUAACAAUCACAGCAGCAGCAGUGGGAAGGAAGAGACGCCAGACAUGUCUUCUGGCCUUUUUAAGAGGAUGCCGUCCUCCAGGCGAACCAGUGUGAAACCAUCUCCCAAGAACUCCUGUGAAGUGAUGCUCAAGUCCCCCCAGGCAAAAGAAAACCCAGGGGUCUGCAUCAAAAUCACCUCCCGGGCUUCCUUCCAGGGUGCGAUGAAGACCAAAGUUCUGCCCCCGAGGAAAGGACGGGGCUUGAAGCUGGAAGCGAUUGUGCAGAAGAUCACCUCUCCCAACCUGAAAAAGUUUGCCUGCAGAACGGUGGCCACUGCCAUCCCCACCGUGGUUCCCGCGGUCACUGCUGCUACCACCGCCCACAGCAAUCCUCUCAGCCCUUCCCUUCCAGAGCGGGAACAGGCCUCAAAGAUUACCAGUGGAACCCCAGCCAUGGGGGAAGCUCGGCCAUUAAACCAGGCUUUAUCACAAAAGGCUCCCGCCGCUCCAGCAGCCGAGCAAUUAUGCAGAAACCCAAACAACAGAUCCUUCAGAGGAAAACUAAUGAACAGUAAGAAACUGUCCUCCAACUGCUUCAAGGGUGAGGCCUAUUCAUCUCCCGAGACAUUGCAGCUCAGCGGGGACAGCAUGGCUGCAAGCACCGUCUGCCUGCUGCCUAAGAAGAGGAACAGAAAGGGGAAAGCUGCCUCCUUCCACGUGGCCAAAAAUAGCUUGGAGAAGUGUCCUCACCUGAGCCCGGCUUUGUUCCUUGCAACCCAAGAGAAACCUGGGGUGGUGGCGGUGGCCACGGCGGCUGGGAAAGGCGAUGAGGGACAAAGGGAAGGGAAAAAGCCCAAAGGCGAAGACAAAGGCUUGGGGAGCACCGAGAGUGUGGAAGGGAGGUCCCCCGAGGCCCAGACGCGGGCCCAGAAGCAGCGAGCCCACCAUGCCAACUACAACGGCUACACCAAGAGACAAAGGAAGCAUCACAAGCGCCGGAAGGUCCAAAGUGUACCCUCGCGGUGCAAAAACAAGACCAGGCGACGGCACCAACAGCAGGCACCUCUGCUGAGCCCCACGGAGCCCGAGAUCCGGCUCAAGUAUGUCUCCUGUAAGCGGCUGAGGGCGGACAGCCGGGCACCACCCUUCUCACCAUACAUCCGGAUGGAGAAGUGGGAUGAAUACAUCACCACCUGCACGGUCGUCAACUGCCCAGCUGAAGAGGCGAAACUCCACAAUGAGCAGCAGCAGCAGCACACUUCUUUGUUUUCUUCUUUGUCUGCCCAAGCUGGGCUUUUUGGGACCGCUUGUCUGCGGCCUCCAGCCAUCCUACCUCUGUCGUCCAUGAUGCACCUUGGGCCGGUGGUCUCCAAGGCCCUCAAUACUGCCUGCUUGGUCUGCUGCUUGUGCCGUCAACCGGCCAAUUACAAAGACCAGGGGGACCUCUGUGGGCCAUACUACCCCGAGGACUGCCUGCCGAAGAAGAAAUCGAGGCUGAAAGAGAAGGUCAAAGUAGAGGGGCUGGGAGAAGGACCUCCCUCGUCCUCGUUGGCAGAAAGACUGCUCAAAGCAACAGAUAAUAAUUGGGCAACCGGUUCUCUGGGGGGAAAGCCACCAAGGUUGGACAAUGGUGCUGACUCAGCAAGACAGAGUGCUCUCCGUUCGAGUUCAAGGGGACUGUUUAGGAAACUGCAAAGCUGUUAUUGUUGCGAUGAGAGGACAGAGGGAGAGGAGGCUACGGCAGGGGUGACAGUAGCAGCAGUUGAGAAGCUUCGGAGGCACGAAUGCGGCAAAGCUGAUUCGCCACUGCCAGACCCUGCUGGAGAGACGCAGGAGCACUGGGUUCAUGAAGCCUGUGCUAUAUGGACAGCUGGGGUGUACCUCGUGGCAGGGAAACUCUAUGGACUGCAGGAGGCAAUAAAGAUGGCCGUGGAUGUGAGGUGUUCUGGCUGUCAGCGAGUUGGGGCAACCGUUGGCUGCUGUCACCAGGGGUGCACCCAGAUAUUUCACUACACAUGUGCCAUUGACGCAGGUUGUUUGUUAGCUGAAGAGACCUUCUUGCUCAACUGCCCUAAACACAAGCUGCAGCUGCUAUAAUGGACCCACCGAGAAGGGAAGCGCCUGCUGCUGCUGGAGUCCCUGCCCAGCGAGGGGGGGGCUCUGCCUCGGCACGCCCCUUUGCAGUAGCUGCAACCAAGAGGAACUCUGGACGGAAGGGCCCAAGGAGGAGCCCAGUGCCCACCCUCCUGGGCCCUGUCCUCCCCCCUGCCCCUCCCCUUUGCAAUAGUACUUCUACUGUGAAUGGACCUGGCCUUGCCAGCCUCGCCUCCUCUUCGCUCAGGCCUUGGCAACUUCCUUGCAAGCUGACCCCAAAGGGCACAAGACCCCCGACGACCCUGCUGCCCAGCUCCUGGGAGCCUUCCUCUCCCACCCAUCAGGAAGCAGACCGGGGCGGUGCAGCGUCUCCCUUCUUCCCCUCUGGACUUCUUCCAUUCCAGAUUGGUGCGGGAACCACCACGAAAAUCCCAUUUUUUUUUCCUGGUUACUCCAUUCCUCUUUGGAGGGGUUUCCUGAACCGGUUCAGGAGAGAAGACAAACUCCAGUUUGGGUUUUGUAGUCCUCCUCUUCCCUUCACCCAGGAGCUGUACCCAAGACUAAUCCAGCUGGCAUCUACCUAGGCUUGGCCACUGACUCAACUUGUCCACCCAGCUCUUCUGGAAGAGAGUCUUGAGGACUUUGGAAGGGACAUCGGAUAGCCGGAGCUGACCGGCAGGCACGUGGUGGUCAGCCCAUCCCAAGGACGUUUGCUCGAGUCUCUUUCUCUCUAGCAAAGAGAACAGACUUGCCUCCCCGAUGGGUCGUCGCCAGGAGAAAAGCGUACAGAAGUCCUCGGCUCCCUUCUUUUUCUCUUGGCUCAAAACGGCUGGACUCCAGGAGGUCUCCAGGUCCACCUUCUCUUUUUUCUGAUCUGAUCAACUUUUUGCCUUCAGCAAACCUCAUGGUGUGUGUGCGUGUGUGCGUGUGUAUGUGCGUUUUCUGUAUAUAGAUGUGAUCCGCGUGUACAAAGAAGCACCCCAAACCUUUUGGGGACAAACAAGGCUGCAUCACUUGAGUUCGUUUGCGCAUUUUUGUUUGGCUUUCGUCCUUGUUUCCCUCCAGCUCCGAGCCCGGCCCUGAGAGGUCAUUUGCCCUCUUUCUUCUCACCCCUCCAUGCCUGACUCCCUCCCCACAUUCAAACCAGGAAAGCCAGCAACUCCGUAGGUCAGCGUUUCUCAGUCUUGGGAACUUCAAGACAGGUGGGCUACAGACUUCCAGAAUUCUUGGCUGGGGAAUUCUGGGAAUUGUAAUUCACCAGUCUUGAAGUUCCCAAGCUUGAGAAACACUGGGGAAUUCUGGGAGUUGAAGUCCACCUGUCUUGAAGUUCUCGAAGUUGAGAAAUACUGAGGAAUUCUGAGAGUAGAAUGUUCCCAUGUUGUGAAGUUCCCAAAGUUGAGAAACGCUGGGGAGUUCUGGGAGUUGAAGUCCCCGUGCUGAGAAAUUCCAAGGUGGAGAAACACUGCCCUAGAUGUUGAGGAGAGACAAAAAGCAAAAAGCUCUUUCAUGGGACCUUGCCGAUAGUAAUAGUCUGUGAUUUCGUCCCCCAUCUUGAUUUGGGGAGGGGCAGUGAAACAAAGUGCUUGAUUCCCAUCUGGCCGAAUGGUGCGUGACGUUUCAGGGGAAAGAAACUGGGGUUUUGAGCUUAGCAGAACUUAUUAAGAUGCUCUGCUGUUCCAUCCAUCUUGAUGGCCGCUGAAGCCAGUUCAUCUGUUCUGACAGCAAUUGUGCAUUACAGGUACUCCUCGACGUAAAGCUGGUCACUUAGUGACCCUUCAAAGUUACAAUGGAUGUCCCCAGAGCUACUUACAACCUGAUUUUGAAGUUCUGAUGUCCAUCCUUUCCUCAGUUACCUGAUUGCAUUUGGGGCACUUGGUAACUGGCCCACCUUUAUGGCUGUAAGCAGUAUCCCAUGGUCACAUGACCAUGAUUUACUAUAUUUCUGGAAACCAGCAUUCCAGUUUGGGGCAAAAAAUGCCUGUUGGGUACAAUGGGCUUGCUUAACAACCGUGAUGUCUCUUUAAUCCUGGCUUCCUGAUAUCUAACAUGCCUAUGGCUAUCAGGAACAUUAGUAGGCUACAAAUGUUCUUACCUUCAUCUGCUCUCCUCACUGCCUCCAUGGGUUGUAAGAUCCCACCAAAGCUUUCGUACAAUGGACCUCUCCUAGUAUGAUAUGACUACAACUCCCAGAAUCCCUAAAUAACCUGGACAAACCACUCUAGACAUCUCUUCCUGGAUUUGGUUGAAGUUGUGGUGGCACAAAGAGGAAGGUCUCUCAGCUUCCAUCUUGUCUCCUGUCACAGAGCAUACGUCAAGCCACAUUUUGUGGUUUACUGUGCAGUGUAAACCUGAAGGGAAUGCCAUUUGGAGGAGAGGAAACCAGGAUUACAACUCUAAUUUCAGUUACGGGGGCUGUCUCUUUGGGAUUCCAACAACACCAGAAGCCAUAAUGUGCCCACGUCCAUUGUUGACAUUUGUGCAGUUUGAAGCAGGUUUUUUUUAGCUGGGGGCAUUACGAAAUCCUGCCAGAGUCCCAAGCAAAACAGAAACAUAGCUUCUCUAGACGUAGCUUUUCCCAUCUUGCUAGGAACUAGGUAGGACAGAGCCUAUCUUUUUGGCUGACCCCACACACUGAAAACCAACAGGGGCAGUAGGAGAACUUCCACAAGACAACAUGCACUUCUGGACUUCAUAGGGCUUGUCACACUCCAACAAUGCCCUUGGUUACUAUGAGCCUUGGGGGGAGCAUCCAGAAUCCUCCAGGGUUUACCAUCCAAGACCAUCAAGAUCCCCUCAAAGGUAGGGAACCUUAUCUUGAAGAGUCCCUGAAAUGAAUUUGAUUGGAAGAUUGUAGACAUUGGAUGGAGAAAUCAAUCUUUGGCAGCCCCGAGCUGUAUGUUGGGUCAGGGUGGAAAGGGACUUGCUCCUGGUGGUUUCUAGAAGACUUUGAAGGAGAAGGUCUAGAUCGGACUGAUGGUUAACCGGGGAAGGUAGCAUGCAAAUGACACCUGAGUUGCAUAAACUGUAUAUAUCUUGCCCAGCUUUCAUGACAGUCUUGUACAAACCAGUAGGAGGGGGAGCGUCUCACUGCCACUCACACCUCUACAGCAUUAAAUCUGAUGGGGCCCUCUCCCCAUCCUUCCUCAUCCGCUUGGUUUUCUGUUGUCGCUGUGAAAGAGCAACAAUCCCACUGCCCUCUGCUUGUAAACCUUUCUGUACAUGGUACUCUGUGCACGUCGUCCGCUGUCCUCUCCGCUACGCCAUCCUCGCAGCAUGCCCCUCAAGGUUUGCUGGCAGAGGAAGGCCCGUUUCAGAAGCACACCUUCAGACAGCAGGCGGAAGACACCCCCACCUCAGCCCCCCCAUCCUCGUCCCCACAAUUCCAGCUCUCUUUGAAUGGAAUCUUGUACAUAAUGACUGUAAAAUGGCAAACCUGUGUGUAUUAUAUAUAUUGCCUCAUUCUAUAGUGUAUAUAUAUGUAUACAUAUACAUAUAUAUAAUAUAUAUGAAAGAUGUAAAUGUUAAAACUAGUGUUCUUAUUUAGUAUAUUGCUUCACACUGAAGAUUGUGUGUAACAAGCUGUUUCUAAAAGAAGUUUAUUUUCCUUAAGAGUUAAAAAAAACAAAGAAAAAAAUCAGGUCAUUGCAUUCAGAACAUCAAUAAAGAUUCAGCAAUUGUUUUGGA